AUGGCAACCAACGCAGACUCCUCCAACCGCCGACAGUCAGGCCUGUGGAACCAAAACCCGACGACGGGCUACUUCGAAAAGGCACCGACGAGUCAAUCCAACGGACCAUACCAGUACUACCAGCCCCCAGCCGCCGACAGCAAGCCUCGCCGUAGCUUCUCUGACCGAACGGGCAACCCAACACUCACCUCCGCCUACCUUGCUGCCACCCAGAACAACGUCUCCGGCGCCAGCAGCGUCCUCGACAAGAGUCGCAUCAAGGACGUAGCUCUGGCGACUCACGCGAAGAUUGCUUCGAGUCUCCACGCCUACAGUGGAGAUGCCGGAGCAGACGAUUUCGCGCGCAGUGGACAUGCAGUACAUGUGCAUUCGCCAGAUGCGGAGAUCCCGAAAGCGCGGCCGUUGGGAGGAGACGCCGGAAAGCCUGCCUUGAGCGUCGACCCCAAUGCGGUGCCGGAGAAUGUGAGAGGGACGGCGUGGAGUCCGGACCCUGGGCCUACGUCUGCGAAUACGAACACCAGACGAACGAGCGCUGGCAAUGCUGAGGUGCCGGGGAGAAGGCCGAGUGUAGCGGACAAGAGCCCGUUGCAGAAGCUGGAAGGGAAGCUUGGGGAUAUCAGCAAGGAGGAGAAGAGGGCGAGGAUGGAGCAGUUGGAGAACGUCGCUCGACAGCGCAGUACAAACAAAGGCGAGGCUCCAGCGCGGUCCAACACGCUCCGCAGCGAGAAGGGCAGGGCGGUGAGCGACGGCAACAGACGGCCGAGCGACAAUCGCAGUAGCGACAAAUACCAGCGCCAAGUCACCGCUGGCGCUCCGAAAGCUCUCCCACCGGAUAAUGGAGCUAUGCGCUUUCGCCGAGCCAGCGAUGCUCUGCGCAACGGAAAUGGCUCGCGCGAUGUUUCCGGUGGUGCACCCGACCGCCAGCGCUCUGUUCGUCAAUCGGCGAUCGCAUCCAACCCACAACCAUACCAUCAUGCUCCCGAAGCUCCGCGCAGUCUCGGUGUCGCCUACCCGCAGCCGGGUGCUGGACGGCAGGUGUCGCGCGAAGCGCAGCCUUACCAUCAUGCGCCGGAGGCUCCGACUAGCGUCAAUGUCGCAGGCUAUCCCCACAAUGCUAACCGUGGCAGUCGAGAUGGCGCGAGCAGGAGUGUUAGCAAUCCGGUCCCUCCAAGCCCCAACACUGCCGACAGAGGUGGUUUGGAACGCACUGCAAGUGGGAAGUACAAGCGCCGACUGCGCGACGCAGGCUUUGUUGGUGCUGCCGCCAUGGCAGGAGGCGCCGCGGGAGGCGCUACGGCACACGAAUACGGCGACCCUGACCGGGGCCGGGAGGCUUACGAGAAAAGGAAGAGUGCUGAGGGCGGCGAGCCGCUCUCGCCUGUCUCUACGACGGGUGGCAGUAGGGAUGUGGGUAGGAGUGGGAGCAGGAAAUUGCAGAAGCCGUACCCAUGGAGGGCGGCUCAGGGACGGAGGUCGAGCGAUCGGGGACAGCCUGAGCAGCAGUAUCAGCAGUCCCCUCGCGAGCAACAACAACAACAACCACAGCCACAGCAGCAGUAUCAGCAGUCCCCUCGCGAGCAAUCAUAUCAACAACAGCAGCAGUAUCAGCAGUCCCCACGCGAGCAGCAGCAACCGCAGCAGCAAUCGCGCAACAUCUCCACCGAUCCGGUGCAGGAUAAGUCGACCUUGCAGACCAACCGUAUGGGCGACCACGAGAAGGAGAUCCCGCCAGCCUCGGAAGACCCUGAUCCUAUUGCUCGGGCCACUGUCGCUACCGGUCCUGACAUUGCGGUGCCGUACAGCAUACCGCCGCAAACAGCCGCAGGACAAGAGGCAAGAGCGCAGGUCGGCUUUCACGAUGAACCCAUGGCGGCGAACAUGAGUCCGGAACAGAAACAUCAUCAUUUCGGCGGCAUGUUCCACCGCGACGAAAAUAAGGGGAGAGGAUACGUCAAAGGCAAAGCACUCGAGGAGUGGAAGGGUGGCAAGCCUGUUCGUCUUACCGCUGGUGAUCUGGAUUUCAUGCGAUCUUCAGGCGGCGGUGACGAUGGAUACUUCGGCGCACAGAAAGAUCGACGCUCCAGCUCUGGCGGUGUUGCUGCUGCGCAGUAUGCUGGACCUUACGAGGAGGAAGCGAAGUCCUUCCAUCCGCCGCUGUUCCUCAAGUGCGGACCUCUGCUGCGCUACACCGGCAUGAGGAAGGAGAUGUCCUCCAGCGGCCGCGGCGAACGCGAAAUCUGGCGAGGCAGUGUCAUGAUCGUUACAGAAGAUGAACAAAGCGACAUCAGCUCUCCACCUACGCUGCGUCUAUUCGCACAGCCGGCAGAGCUGCACACGCCGCCCGAACGCCAUGGCUUUGAGGUCGCUCCUGAGGACGAGGAUCCUGUGGCUGGACAGGUGAAGAUCUCGCGUACGGGAAGGCCGUUGUAUGUCAGGCCUGUGCAUGACUUGGAUGGCGAAGUGGAUCUGAGCCGCGAAGAGAACAACUCGGGCUUGUAUUCUGCGACGCGGGCGCCGAUGCUUGGGCCACAGUUCUCUUCUGGAUCUGAUGGAAGGCAGAGUCAGCAUAUCACGUUCCAGGACAAGUCGCGCAUAAGAGGGCGGGAUGGCGAGAAAGCUGGACGAUACCGCGAGAUCAAGGCCGUGCGACUGCACGCAGAGCGCGGCUUCACCUUCUGGCGCUGGAGUCUCGAAGUCGAGCUGGGAAGCACACCCCACCGCGUCGCAUACCGCAUCAACAAGGGCCCCGCGCUGGGCUUCUGGGUGCCCGCACGAGGCGAGAGCAUGAACGUCCUGUUCCACUCGUGCAACGGCUUCAGCAUGAGCGUCGAUCCGGACACCUUCUCCGGCCCGGACCCGCUCUGGCGCGACGUGCUGAACCGCCACCAACACCGCCCGUUCCACGUCAUGCUCGGCGGCGGCGACCAGAUCUACAACGACGCCGCCAUGCGCGAUACGACUUUGUUCCGGGAGUGGCUGCAGACGAAGAACCCCGAGCACAAGCACCAUGCUCCUUUUUCAGUGGAGAUGCAAGAGGAGCUCGAGAGCUUCUACUUCCACCGCUACAGCAUGUGGUUCUCGCAGGGCCUGUUCGCCAUGGCCGCCAGCCAGGUGCCGAUGGUGAAUAUGUGGGACGACCACGACAUCAUCGAUGGUUUCGGGAGCUAUCCGCAUCAUUUCAUGAGCACGCCUGUUUUUACGGGUGUCGGGGCCGUGGCGUUCAAGUACUAUAUGCUGUUCCAGCACCAAUCGCUCGUCGCGGAGACCGCACGGGAGGAGCCGAGCUGGGUUCUUGGUGCCAGCCCCGGGCCGUAUAUCAACGAGCUGAGCCGCAGCAUCUUCCUCUCCCUCGGCCAGGAUCUGAAGUUGCUGGCUCUGGAUUGCCGGACUGAACGCAUGCGCGACGAGAUUCUCAGCCAGCAGAGCUACGAUAUCCUCUUCGACCGCGCGCGGACUGAGAUUCGGAAAGGCGAUACGAAGCAUCUGCUGGUUCUGCUGGGCGUGCCGAUCGCCUACCCGCGUCUAAACUUCCUCGAGAACAUCCUCACGUCCCGCGCGCUGGACCCUAUCAAAGCUCUUGGUCGUACGGGUAUGCUGGGGGGUUUCGUCAAUAAAUUCGACGGCGGAGUCGAGAUUCUGGAUGACUUGGACGACCAUUGGACUGCGAAGCAUCACAAAGCGGAGCGCAACUGGUUCAUCCAGGAACUGCAAGAACUCGCCGCCGAGAAAUCCGUUCGCGUCACCAUCCUCGGCGGCGACGUCCACUUGGGAGCAGUCGGGCAGUUCUAUACCCCCCGCAAACUCGGCGUAGCAAAGGACAGAGAUCACAGAUACAUGCCCAACGUCGUCUCGUCCGCGAUCGUCAACACCCCACCGCCAGUCAUGAUGGCCGACGUGCUGAACAAGCGCAACAAAGUGCACCAUCUCGACGGCGAAACGGACGAGGACAUGAUCCCGAUGUUCGAGGUGGACGUCGACGGGAGUAAGCGGAAUAACAAGUGUCUGCUUCCCCGCAGGAACUACUGCACGAUUCGCCAGUGGCAGCCUGGUUCCACCCCACCGAGUACGCCGCCGCCUGAGGACAGCAGGCCGGGAACGGGUUACGACGGCCAAGAGGGGAUGGGGGAGGGGGAGGAGAGGGACCGGCGGUAUCCGCCUGGGAGUAUGAGUCGGACUAGGAGUCUAACCGGCAUGCCGGGACGGCUGGUGAGGCGGUUAAGUGGCAGUGGGCGGAGCAAGAACCCUCCGUCUUCACUUGAGAGGGCGGGGACAAGGCCGGGCAUGGGCAGGAGUAGCAGUCUCUCCGGCCUGCCCCGCAAUGACGGACAAGACGGCGGGGCGCCGCAACGGCCGACGAACACUUUCAUGCGCCGCCCAACGAAUCUCAGCGAGAAAGAAAUCCGCCGCGCCGCCGAACGCGGCGGAGCACCCGACGACGAGGACGGCGAGGCCGCAGCGCCCGGACACGUUAAUUUGGAGGGUGGAUUGGAUGUCAGUUUGAACAUGGAGGUGGACCAGCAUGACCCGGCGGGCACGACGAGGUGUUAUCGGUUGUUGGUGCCGGCGCUGCGGUACGAGGGGGCGGGGGAUGUGAAUACGGCGAGUUUUGGAGAGAAGAAGGUGGGGUUCUUGGAUCGGUUGAGGGGCAAGGGGAAGAGGGAUGGGCGGGAUGAGGAGGAGGAGGACUACUCGAGUGAAGAGGGGGAUGAGAGGGAUGAGAGCACGCCGCCGGAUAGUCGUGGACAGGGCCAGCAGCAGCAACAGCAGCAAUUCUGGGGCCAGCAGCCCGCGGGCGCUGUUGCUGCGCGAGGAACGGGUCGACAACCGCACGGCACCGACGGCGCCUACGACGCCCCGCGCGGCUCCGUCGACAACCCUCCCCGUUCCGGCGGAGCAUACCAACAAGGCUACGACCUCGCCUCCCCCCCGCUCGGCUCCUCUCGUCCCACCCAAGCCUCAGCAGGCAGCAACAACAACAACGACCCCUACCCCACCCAACAACAACAACCCCCCACCUCAUCAUCAGGCCCAUGGUACCGCCGCGUCUCCGCCCCGUUCUCGCAAAAACACGCCCAACGCGUCCCCUCACCCUCGCUCUACAACCGCGGGCGCGGACAAGACCAGGACGAAUACAGCGACGAAGGCAGUUUCACGCCCUCGGACGAAUACGAGGACGGCGAUGAUAGGGGGUAUGAGGAUGAUGAAGGACCGCAGGGCAGGACGCCGGGGCAGCAGCCGAGGCGGUUGAGUAAGGCGGAGAGGUUUUUUGGGAUGGGGGAGGAGGGGUCGGGGGGGAGUGCGGCGGGUGGGGGGUAUGGGAAUGGGAAUGGGGAGGAUAGGGAGGGGGGUGGGAGGAGGGGGAAGUGGAAGAUUUGGAAGUAG